AUUUGAGGAAGGAACCUCUCUCACUCCCUCAACAUGCUUUCCCUAUCUCACAAGAAUCGUUACACAGUGACCACUCUCUUCUUCCUCGCAUUGAUCCUUCUCUCCAUCUUCUUCUUCUUCAUUACCAGAACUACUUUUCACCCUCCUCCAUCCAUCCACUCAGAUCUCUAUCUCCAACUCCAACCUCUUUCUCCGCCCCCACUGUCACCGUUACCGUCACCGUCACCACCACCGCCACCGCCACCACUCUCCUCUCCCGCUACCACCACGACCCAACAACCCCCAUCUGUCCCCGACAUUAACGACGUCACCGACCACGAAUCUGGUACCCAAACGGUUACGGAAACGGAAACGGAAACGGUUGAGAAUGCGGGUGAUGCUCAAGUAUUGAAUUGGAACGACUGUGAUUUGUUCACGGGGACGUGGGUGAAGGAUGAAAAUUACCCUAUUUACCAACCAGGUUCUUGCCCUUACGUGGACGAGGCUUAUGAUUGCAAAAUCAACGGUAGAGUCGAUACUCUCUACACCAAUUGGCGAUGGAAGCCUCACGCUUGCGAUCUUCCAAGGUUUAAUGCCACAGACUUUUUGGUGAGACUGAAAGGUAAAAGACUGAUGCUGGUCGGAGAUUCUAUGAACCGGAACCAAUUUGAGUCCAUUCUGUGCAUACUACGUGAAGGCCUGCACAAUAAGAGCAAAAUGUAUGAGAUACAUGGACACAAAAUAACAAAAGGAAGAGGCUACUACGUUUUUAAAUUUGUGGACUAUAAUUCUUCAGUGGAAUUUGUGAGAUCUCAUUUCCUAGUGAAGGAAGGAGUUCGUGUUAAUGGACAAGGGAGCUCAAAUCCUACAUUAUCAAUAGAUCGAAUUGACAAGACAUCUGGCCGCUGGAAGAGGGCUGACAUUCUUGUUUUCAAUACUGGCCACUGGUGGACUCAUGGCAAAACUGCUCGAGGGAUAAAUUACUAUAAAGAAGGUGAUUAUCUAUAUCCCAAAUUUGAUGCAGUUGAGGCAUACAGAAAGGCUAUAAAGACCUGGGCAAAAUGGAUCGAUGGCAAUAUCAAUCCAAAAAAACAGAUUGUCUACUAUCGCGGAUAUUCUUCUGCCCAUUUCAGAGGUGGGGACUGGGACUCAGGCGGGUCAUGUUAUGGUGAAACCGAACCGGUUUUCAACGGGUCCAUCCUUGAUAACUAUCCUUUGAAAAUGAAGAUUGUGGAGGAAGUGAUCCAAGGAAUGAAGGUUCCAGUGAAGUUAUUAAAUGUGACAAGACUGACAAAUUUCCGCAAGGAUGGCCACCCAUCUGUCUUUGGCAAGAAUACAAUGGGUGGAAAGAAAGUCUCCACAAGGCGGCAAGAUUGCAGCCAUUGGUGUCUUCCUGGUGUACCUGAUGCCUGGAAUGAGCUAAUUUAUGCCACUCUUGUUUUUCACCAAACCAAUUCAAGGAGUUGACUUGUAUGUUCCUUCUUUCAAGGAGUUUACUUUCUGAAAGGGGGAAGCAAGAGAGAAAAAAAGACCUUCCUGCCUUCUUUCAUUAAAACAUUCUGUCAUUGAGAUAAUGGAAAAGUUGUUUUUUUCCUGCGGUAUCCCUCUGGAUAUUUCCAUGAGAUUAAUUAUUCAGGUA